UGUCGGGGAGCAGUCGUGUCCAGAACAGGAGGAUUAGAUUCAGCACAGGUGCAACCAGAAACGACCAGCUCGGAACGGGGACACUCUGAUUGUCCAUCUCGCUCAAACAAUGUCGUCAGAAAACCUGGACUCGGACACUCAGGUGGACUACGAGGACGAGAAACAGGACUCCCAGGAGAAGAAUGCAAACCCUGUGAAGGCAGAGGAGGCCAAGCUGAAGGCGAAGUACCCCGGCCUGGGCCAGAAGCCCGGCGGCUCAGACUUCCUGAUGAAGAGACUACAGAAAGGGCAAAAGUACUUUGACUCCGGCGACUACAACAUGGCCAAGGCCAAGAUGAAGAAGCUUCCCGUGGCGGGGCCCGACAAGAACCUGGUGACCGGCGACCACAUUCCCACGCCGCAGGACCUGCCCCAGCGGAAGUCCUCCUUGGUGACGAGCAAGCUAGCCGGCUAGCCUCCAUCAUCCUAGAAGCACCCCUCACCACCAUCCCCCCUGGGGCUCCCGUCAAAUCUCCCUCCUCCUCCUCCUCCUCCUCACCCGUCUCCCUCCCUAUGUCCAUCCCCCUCUCUUCCCCUUUUUUCAUCCCCAGGCACCACUGGCUUUAACAUGUCGGGCAGAGUUGUAUGAGUUGAAACUCCAUUUGCUUGUAUGUGGGUGGGGCGGGGUGGGGGGGUCGGAGGUUUUUGGGCGUCCCCCGUGAGGUCGCAGCCUUCUCUGCCCCCCCGCCGCGCACAGCUCUGCCCCCUCCGCCGCACACUCUGCUCCACCGCCUCCCUUAUGUCUUGGUUUUUUCGGUGAUCCAAGAUGCAUCACAGUAGGUGUGUCAUCAGGCAGGGGGUUGGACGGGGUGAGUUCAUGCACUUUGUAGUCUGUAUAGUAUGCUUUUUGUUCUUUUUGGGGGUUUUUUGCAUCCUAAAUGACACCAAAAUAAUGUGCGCGAGGGAGUUAGGAACCAUGAUCGCAGCGCGUUGGUUGACCUUUACGUUGCCCAUCCGUGCUGGUGGCUCGGCUUUAGCGGGAGGGGUUUGCAAGAUGUAUGUCAAUAACCAAACUUGUGAGGGAGGGCUGCAUAGCUUCAGAGCUCUUUAGCGUUCACUGACACCAUAUUGGGGAAAUGGGCGAAAUGAACGGAGGCUCGCUUUCAUCUCAUCCCGUUCGAGGUCGUCCGAUGCAGCUCGGCCAAAAGGGGAUUUAAAGCACCGACCUUUUUAUUCUUUCUCUCUGCUCAUGUUGCUUUAAAUACCUGACUCCCUUUUGCUCCUGUUCUCUCUGGAUAUGCUGCAUGAUUGUAACAAAAAAAAGGAAAUUGAACAUGUUUUUUUUUUAGUGUUUGUUUUAAACGGGAGUGGGGUAUCUGCUUAGUGGUAGGAAGUAUCAAAACAAACACACGGAGCCCUGAAACGUCCACAGUCACACUUCCUCCCUCCCUUUUCCUUUUUGCUGACCCGACAAUCCACGUGCACACGCUCCUGAUAGCGGCCGAGUGCAAGAGCCAGCUGAGUAUGUCCUCGUAUUAUUUUUAACGGCUGGACACCUUGCCAACAGUUUGGUUUACCGUUGAGUUGCAUCAAGACGUGUGUUUACUAUGAGCCUAAAAUAUUUGUGGGGUUUUGGAAGCAUCCAGCAUAGAGUGUGUGUGUGUGUGUAUAUAUAUAUACACACACACACACACACACACACACACACACACACACACACACAUGCUUCUGUAAAUAUAAACAAGCAUGUAAUUCGUGUUAAGCUUCAGACGUCUUACUUUCUUGGCGUCUUUGAAAACACCACUGAAGGUUAGACAGUGUGACACGCUAAAACAGGUGUUUUGACUAGACCGCUAUAUUUGAUCACAAGAAGUCCCUGUGGAAAGACAAGAAAUAGUCAUAGCAUCCACAUGUUCUGUGAAAAGUGUUUUCCAGACCGACCGAAAAAAAUUAUUCUUAUUCAAGCUGCUUGUUUAAAAACAAAAAAAAUAAGGAUGUUGUUUGCUCAUCUUUUUGUGUUGGAGAUGGUUUAUCUCCAUGUUUUUAACACUUUUCAGAAUACACCGUAUAUCACAGUCAGACGUAGCGGUUCCCUUCACAUUCACAAACACUAACUUUAGUAGAAUACUACUACUACUACUACUGCUUCACUUAGCUGGAGUGAAUAAAAACUGCUUCUACCACCAGCGCCCCGUAGAACAAAAGUGUUUUCCUCCCUAAAAACCGACACAUUUCACAGACUGGUCCUUUGAUCUCAGGGGUGUCACCUGGUACCAACAGGUGUCAGCCCGGCUCGGUGGGCUUAAAGUGGGUCACUGCAUGCCUGCAGGAAAGCACUCGCUUCCAACACUUGGCAAAAGCAGAGAGAGAUUUUAUAACACAGGGUUAAGCGGGGGAGGGGGUGCAAAGUUUGAGCGCAUGCUUUGCACCCUCAUCCCACCUGUUCAUGUGGUUCAAACCUCUGAAAGAGGGCGAACGAUUGCGUUUGGCAAAUCCGCGAGACCUUUGAAUGCGCGUCGUCCACACACGGACGCCGGCGCUCUCUGAGGAUCAGCCUCCUUGUAUAAUACUGCUUCAGGGAACCUUCACAAACGCACACUCUGCACCAUGUAGGCUAGGUGACGGGGUGCGCGCGCCAUCGCGUUCUCAACCUCACUUCUUUCUUUUCAUUUUUUUUUUUCAUUGAGACCUAAAAACGUGUCAAAUUUUUGCAGUGGGAGAAAGAGAACGGACCUGUACGUACGUGCUUGUUACGGCGUUGUAUGAUUGCACUGCUUUUUCUCUGUUCCAGCCAUUUUGUAAAUAGACUUCAACAGGAAGGGAUUAUUUUUCUUUUUUUUUGUGUGUUGUUUCCCACCUGCUUUUCACUCAUGAUUCAAUGGUUCCUCUCUCCUUUCAGUUUAACACUACUUCUGCUCUAUCUCGGUGAAUUGCAGAGGCUAUGUGAAUCUGUAUCAUAUGAAAAUAUGUGUAAAUGCUGCUGAUUCAGUCAAAGACAAAUCUAAGCGAUGAUAACCUGUAAAGAACACCUGUCCUCUUGGUUCUCCCAGUCCGACUCCCUGAGUGUCUCUGUUUCAGGGUCCUAUAGCUCUUGUGGCAAAGUUAAAUUCAGUUAAGACUAAAUCCAAACAAAACUACAAACAUUUAAAGGUGCAUUGUUGAAUUGGAUCCAACCUUUGGAUCUGGAAAGAGCCAGAAAAGUCUGGAACACUUUGUGGGACUUUGAUUGACAGAAACAGAUCAUCUAGCAUCAUAUUGUGUUCAGUUUUAUCCUUUUAUCAAGUAAAGAUUGCUAAAAGAAAAAUGGAUGAAUAAGCGAAAAGAAAACGACAGGACAGGAGUUCUUGAAUGCUACUUGAUGUUUGGCUUUGCACAGAGCGGUCUGACGACAGGGUAUGUUUCAAAACCCCAACUCACAGGGUGUCUCUCGUUCAGCUGAAUAAACAUGUGCCAGAAUGUAUAAAGAAACGACAGGCUGUGUGCUCUGAAGUACAUUGUGCUGCUUUUACCUUAUCCGUUGUUUAUCUUGUUGUUUCUGCGAGUAAUGUUUUUUUUCUUUCUUGUGUUCUCUUAAUGCAUUAUUAGUAUAUUUCAUCCUGGCCCAAGAUAACUGCAGGGAAAUCAGAGGCACCCCUUGCUUCCAAGAAAAAGAGAACAUAAGGGUUUACAUGUUUAAAACAAGAGGAUGACUGGAGAACACAGGAAUGAUUUUAAGACUUCAGAAAGUACAAAAGUACUCGGAAUGUUUCAGUUGUGUGGGAGUAGGUGAGAGGAUUUUUGUCAGUAUUUGAAAUAAACUUUUACAUUA